AGUCAAGCCAUGGAAUGAGUAGUUGAGUACGGCUCCAAAAGAGAAGCGUCAGCGCCCGCCACGAUUUCCACUCGGACACAAUAUCUCCGCCAGUACCACAUCAGAUUCGUAAUGGCGUAUUUCUUGAAGAAGUUUCUGGAAUCUGCAAAUCGUUUGAAUUCGAGUAAUUCCAGUUCGAUCUCAUCACUGAAUUUGAACUUCUCGAUUUCAAGUCAUGCAUCUGUAUCAGAUCAGAUUAUCGUGUGUUCGUCGUCAACUGGGGAAUUUGACCGAAUACCUAUUGAUAUAUUUAUGCAAAUUCUCAAAUUACUUGGACCUAAAGAGGCGGCGAAGCUCAUAGUUGUUUGCAAAUCAUGGAAAUUAAUCGUCUCUUGUAAUAAUUUGUGGAUAUAUUAUCUUCAAAACAAGAAAGAUCCCUGGGACGCGAUGUUCUUCGCUGAAAGCAACUUACGAUCCGGUUAUCCUCUUAGAAGUUAUCCUUCUCAGAUGCAAUCAUUUAUGCAAAUUUAUGGGCAACGAGCUCAGGUUCCUGGAGCUAUUAUCAUUGAUGGUGGUUCUGGCUAUUGCAAAUUUGGUUGGAGCAAAUAUGGUUCUCCAUCCGGGCGGGCAUCAACAUUUAUGGAAUUUGGAAACAUUGAGUCUCCAGUGUACUCUAGGCUUCGCCAUUUUUUUGCAACAAUGUAUAGCAGAAUGCAGGUGAAACCAUCUUCACAACCAACUGUUGUCUCAAUUCCAAUCUCCCAAUAUGGCGAUAGAGAAGCUGCUAAAACUGCUAGACGACAACUAAAAGAAGCUGUCUACUCAGCACUGUUUGACUUGAAUGUUCCUUCUGUCUGUGCAAUCAACCAGGCAACUUUAGCUUUGUUUGCAGCAAAAAAAACCUCAGGAAUUCUUGUGAAUAUUGGUUUUCAUCAAACGUGUGUUGUACCAAUUUUAAAUGGUAAGAUUAUGCACAAAGUUGGUGUGGAAAGUAUGGGAGUUGGAGCUUUAAAGCUUACAGGAUACCUUAGGGAACAAAUGCAGCAGAGAAAUCUUAAUUUUUCCUCAUUAUACACAGUGCGCACGUUGAAAGAGAAGCUUUGUUAUGUUGCUAUUGACUAUGAAGGUGAAUUACGAAAGGACACAGAAGCAUCAUAUGAAGUUCCUGUUGAGGGUUUGUUUACUCUUAAGCAAGAAAGAUUUCGUACAGGAGAGAUUUUAUUCCAGCCACGCAUUGCAGGACUGAGGACUGCAAAUGGUUUGCAUCAAGCAGUGGCAAUUUGCCUUGAGCAUUGCCAUGCUGCAGGAUUAACCCCUGAUGAAACUUGGUUCAAGACCAUUGUCUUGGCUGGAGGCACAACAUGUUUACCUGGAGUUGUAGAAAGAUUAGAGAAGGAAUUGCAUGUUCUUCUUCCUCCAUCCAUAUCCAAUGGAAUUCGAGUUAUUCCACCUCCACAUGGUGCAGAUUCUGCAUGGCAUGGGGCAAAGCUUCUCAGCAAUCUAAGCACCUUUCCGAAUUCUUGGUGUAUCACAAAGAAGGAUUUCCGACCAAAGUCCAGAAGAAACUUCAUAUGGUGAACUUUUGCUUUUGCUUUUGCUUUUUGAUAUUUAUUAUAAUCAUAAGCCGCCAAUAGGCAUCUAGGAUGAUAGGAUCGUGUUGUUAUGCUAGUUGUGUAUGUAAUUAUAUAUGCCUGAUGUGGCUAAGGCUAAUCAGAAAUCAUCUUGUGGCAUGUUUCUUUUUCCCCCCAUUAGGUUAUGCAUUGGUAAAUCAUGUAUGUAUGGAUUAAAUAAUGUAUACAAAAGUAUGUUGUAUUUGAUAAAAUGAUGUAUACAAAAUGUUUGUUGUGUGUAAAAAUUAU